AGACGUAUACUCUGAAAUUACUAGAAAUAUGCUAAAACCAACAGAAGAUAUACCAUUAAAAACUAGAGAAACAAAAGAUUCAAUGGGCAGUGCUAGUCAUACUACUAUAAAUACAAAUUCAGAAGAUUUUUCUGAAGGAUCUACAAAUGGCCCGAAUACAACCAGACUAUCUCAUAAAACAGAAUCAAAUAUUGAAAAAAUCACUUUUGUAUACAAUAUACUUGUUAAACCAAUUCUGAUUAUUUUUUCUAUAUUCUAUUCUACUAUACAGACACAUUGUCUAUUAUUCGGAAUAAACACAACUAUAGCAAAUGCAUCAACAUCUGCAUUGCUAUUAAGAAACCUAGAAAAAUCAUAUAUAAGUGUGGCUGUAAUAUGUUCUAUAUUAACCUUAAUUAUGUAUUGCAUGGAAUUCCUUAACUAUACAAUAAUUGUAGAUAUAAUGUAUAAAAUGCUGGGUAAAGAAAGUAAAAGACUUACGAUCACACUUAUCGGUAGUAUAAUACUGAUAGCCCUAAUGCUAGCAUCUAUUUUAAAAGCAGCAUACACCACAGAAAUUAGUUAUAUAAAUAAUCUUUUGCCAGCUGUAAUAGUGCUACAGGCAGUAUAUCUUAUACUAGAAGUAUUAUUUGUAUCUCUCUCAUCCCAUUACAAAUUAAAUGCAAAUUUAGCAUUAGAUCUCUCUAGGUCUAGUCUUAACUCGAAACUGUAUAAUUUACUGUUUUAUGCAAUUACUCUUGUAUUUACUAUACUGUGCAUAAUAAUUUUAUGUAAUCCAAAUACUUGGUUUGGAUUCUACAUAGAAAAUAACAAUGGAGUAUAAUUACUGCAUUAAACACUUAAAAUAUCCACUAC